GUGGGAUUUCAACACACAUUCCCAUGGCUACCAAAAAAUUCUUUUGCGUUGCCUUGUUUGUGCUGGUGUCUGGUUUGGGCAUAUGUUCUGCCAGAAGAGCUCUUCUUACUCUUCCUGAGACUGUGGGACAUGUUCCUCUUGUUGUUGGUUAUGGUGGCGGAGGUGGAGCCCGGAAAGGCGGGGGUUAUGGAGCUGCAGGUGGUGUGACGGGAUAUGCGAGCGGUGGUGGUAGUGGGCAGGGUGGUGGCGCAGGCUAUGGAGGGGCUGCUGGAGGACAUGGUGGUGGUGGCGGCGGCGGCGGCGGUAGCGGCGGAGGAGCUGCUUACGGUGCAGGAGGCUCGCAUGCCGCAGGAUAUGGAAGUGGGGGUGGCAAAGGAGGUGGUGCCGGAUAUGGUGCAGGUGGUUAUGCUGGAGGAGGUGGCGGUGGAAGUGGCGGAGGAGGAGGUGGUGGAUCUGGCGCCGGAGGAGCUGGUUAUGGAGGAGGAGAAGGAGGUGGUGCCGGCGGCGGCUAUGGUGCUGGAGGAGCGGGCGCUGGAGGAUAUGGAGGGGGUGGAGGGAGUGGAGGAGGAGGGGGAGCGGGUUAUGCUGGGGGAGCAUCCGGUAGUGGAUAUGGCAGCGGAGGAGGAGCUGGUGGGGGAGCUGCCGCUGGUGGACACGCCGGGGGCGGUGGCAGUGGCUCUGGUGGAGGCGGUGGAGGGGCCUACGGUGGCGGUGGAGCAGCUUAUGGCGGUGGUGCUGGUAGUGGGGAAGGUGGCGGCCAUGGCGGUGGCUACAUUCCUUGAGGAUGUUUUCAUUAGGUACCGCAUGCCAAGAGGGAAGGCCUUUUCUUGCCAAAUAAAUAACAAAAAUAAGAUCAAUUUGGUGACGAAGAUGAAUGGUCAAUUUAUUAAUCUGUUGCAGGCAAGAUACAUUUGCUAAUCACGGAUAUGUAAUCUCAUUUCGUGUUUACGAUGAAUGAAGAACUUAUAUUUCGUUUUA